AACAGAAUACUCUUCCGGUGCUCGUAAAGUCGUAAACCGCGACACUGCUUUGACGUCCUCUCCUUCCGGUUGAGUUCCCAAGACUGAACCAUCGACGGUGAUCAACGACAAUGAAGUUCAAUCGAUUUGUUACUUCUUCGCGGCGAAAGAAUCGAAAAAGGCAUUUCACGGCGCCUUCUCAUAUUCGCAGGAGGCUUAUGUCAGCUCCUCUAUCGAAGGAACUUCGUCAGAAAUACAAUGUUCGAUCGAUGCCGAUUCGUAAAGACGAUGAAGUACAGGUUGUAAGGGGACACUAUAAGGGACAGCAAGUUGGUAAAGUUGUUCAAGUAUAUAGGAAAAAGUUUGUUAUAUACAUUGAAAGAAUACAACGUGAGAAAGUUAACACUGCCAAUGUGUAUGUUGGCAUUGAUCCAUCAAAGACAGUCAUAGUGAAGCUAAAGAUGGACAAAGAUAGGAAAAAGAUAAUAGACAGGAGGAGCAAAGGUAGACUCGCAGCAUUGGGCAAAGACAAGGGAAAAUAUACUGAGGAUUCUACAGCAGCAAUGGAAACAUCAUAAGCUUAGGUCUCAGUUCAUUUAUUUGAUUUAAUAAAAAUAUUAAACCCCAUA